CAGCGGGUGUCGAGUCUGAAGAUGCGGUGUUCCGCAGGGAUGUCGAGCGCCGAAGGUCCGUCGCUGGCGGCGGGGGGGCACGCGUGGAUGGAGGCGCUGCUGCAGCACCUAGAGGAGGAGAGCGGCCGGCGCCGCGACCUGGAGGCGCGGGUGGCUCGCCUGGAGGCCGCGCGGGAGCAGCAAGAGGAGGAGGAGGAGGCGGCGCGGCGCUGCGGCCUCGCGCAGUUGGAGGCGCGGGUGGGCGCGGUGGAGGAGAGCGUGGCCCGGGCCGUGGCAGCCGUGAGGUCCACGGUGGACGAGCUGCUGGUCCGCUACCAGCCGCCCCGUGCUGCGACCGCAGUACCAUCUUCUCCGGUGACCGGUAAAGGGGCCGACAAUGCGUCUAUCUCCAGCGGCCAUGCCUUUACCACUGCCUCCGCGACGGAGGAACACGCCGCUGCCCCGUCCGCACCCUCCCCCGCGCGGGCGACGCUGCACGAGGCGGCGGCGGCGGGCGACGCGGCGGCGCUCCGGCGGUUGCUGGCCGGCGGGGCGCGGGCGGACGCGCGCGACCCCGAGGGCUACAUGGCGCUGCACGUUGCCGCGGAGUGGGGCCACGCCGAGGCGGUGGAGGCGCUGCUGUCGUGCGGCUGCCCCGUGGACCAGGUGGGGCCCGGCGCGCGGCGGCCCAUCCACUUCGCGGCCUUGUGCGGUCACGUGGCGGUCGUGAAGCGCCUGGCGGCCCACGGCGCGGCGCUGAACGCGAAGGACUCGGACGGGGCCGUCCCGGCAGCCCUGGCCGCCGCCAAGGGCCACGCCGCCGUCGUGCGCUGGCUCAUCGAGUACGGAGAGUCCACGGAGGUGGUGGACAACGGAGGAAGGUCGCUGAUGGUGUACGCGGUGAAAGGAAGGAACCCGGAGGUGGUGGCGCUCUUGGUGAAGAAUGGAGUUGACGUCAAUGCCGUUGACAACCAAAAGGAAACCCCGCUUUUCACUGCUGUUAGGAUGCGGUAUCGUGAUAUGGUCAAAUGCCUCCUGGAUGUGGGUGCGACGCCUCUCGCGAGGGACGCCGGGGGGAAGUUCCCUCUGCUGCUGGCUUCAGAGAUUGGUGACGGGGAUUUGGUGCAAGAUCUUCUGGAAGUAUCUAGGAGAGUAGAUGGUAAAAUCUUAGAGCGUUGCCUUUUGGUGGCUGGUAGUGCAGACGUCGUAUGGCGCAUUGCAAACAGAGAUUACGACUUAGUCCUGGGGCCAGCUGGCGAAAGGGCGCUGUGUAAUAGUACGCAAAAUGGCCGUGUGAGUACGGUAGACGCCCUCCUUCAACUCGGUGUGUGCCAAAAACCUUUUGGUGGAGAUGAUAAAAGCGCUGUAACUAUUGCUGCUGAAUAUGGCCAGUCUUCUUGCUUGCGGGCGCUGCUGCAAGCCUGCAAACUUGGAAAGUCGCCUCAUUGUGAUCUGGCUCUAACACUAGCUGCAGCGAAAGGUCAUGCUGACUGCAUCAAAGUACUCCUGGAAUAUGGAGCUGAAGUGAAUGCAACUGACAUGUCGGGAAACACUGCUCUGUUUUACUCAGCGAGAGAAGGACACGUGGAAUGCGUGCGAGAGUUGCUGCGCAAUGGAGCAGACAAGGCAAUCGUGUGUCAGAGUGGCUGGACUGCACGUGAGGUUGCCCGGCGUCAUGGAAAUAAGGAGUGUGUCACCAUAUUAGAACAAUCAUCUUAG